AUGAGUGAUAGUCACCCGAAGUCGAGCGAAAUGGCGGCGACGACCGGCGGCGUCGGCGGUGCCGGCGAUUGCGUUCCGACCAUCGCUCUGAUGGCCGGCGAAGUGAACCACAUUUCGCAACUGUCGGACAACUUGUCGGCCCUCUAUCUCAGCGAAACCUUUAGCGACAUUACGCUUCUGGUGGACGACCAGAGACUGCCCGCACAUCGCGUACUACUGGCCGCUCGGAGUGACUACUUUCGGGCCCUUCUCUACGGAGGAAUGCGUGAGUCCACCGAAAAGGAGGUCCGACUCACCGUAUCGUCGGUUCAGGCGUUCAAAUAUCUGCUGAAAUAUCUGUAUUGCGGACACAUUCAGCUCAAGAGCUUCAAAGAGGAGAUCAUUUUGGAGAUCUUCGGCCUCUCACACGAGUACGGCUUCCUAGAGCUGGAAGAGUCCAUCUGUGAGUACCUGAAGGACACGCUGUCCAUACGUAACGUGUGUGUCAUCUACGAUACGGCCAAUCUGUUCCUUCUGAAGCCGUUGGCCGACGUGUGCCGCGCGUUUGUUGACCGCCAGGCGCUGGACGUGAUCCGAAGCGACAACUUCUGCGCCCUAUCGGCCGCCACUCUUAAAGAGAUGAUCAGUCGGGACUCGUUCUGCGCCCAAGAGAUCGACAUAUUUCGAGCGGUCAGCGAAUGGACGCAACGGAAUCAGGCGUUGUGUAACUCUUCGCCCGAAACUGUACGCGAUAUCAUGUCUUGCAUACGGCUGUCGUUGAUUUCCGUCAACGACUUGCUAUCGGUUGUGCGGACAUCGGGUUUAGUAGAUCCGGACGCCAUACUGGACGCGAUUCAGGCGAAGAACGAGUCGCGCGAUACAGACCUACAGUAUAGGGGCUGUCUGUUGCCCGAAGUGAACGUGGCCUGCGGUCGGUUCAACUCGCAAGUGCUGAACGGCGAGAACAGGGCCUCACUAUUGGACGGCGACAAUCAUAACUACGAUAUGGAAAAAGGCUUCACUCGACACCACAUCGACGAGGCCUCCGGACAGGGAAUACUGAUCCAAUUGGGCCGUCAGUGCAUUAUCAAUCACAUCCGUGUCCUCUUAUGGGACAAAGACAUGAGAGCCUAUUCUUAUUACAUCGAGAUCUCGAUGGAUCAAAAGGAUUGGCUCCGAGUGAUCGAUCACACGGGAUACCUGUGCCGCUCGUGGCAGUACCUCUACUUCCCGGCCCGAGUGGCCAAAUAUAUACGACUCGUGGGCACACAUAACACGUUGAAUCGGGUCUUUCAUGUGGUGGCCUUCGAGUGUAUGUACACUAACAAGAAGUUUGAAGUCGACAGAGGAUUACUC